CGGCAACUGGAAACAGGAUGACACGAUGGUUGUCUCCCCCGACUUAUACCAGCGGUCCAGAGAUGUCAGUAGACGUAAAGGAUGGGGUGUCGGUCGUCCUCCCGGAAGAUGGGGCGUGGACGGACCUUGAACCAGCAUAUCAAACCGUGAUGCUGGAUGGGAAAGACGCGUUCCUAUGGAUAGAGACGGUAUGGGCUAAUGUUAGCUUGACAAGGUUGUCACCAAGUUUAAUGGAUUUGGAGUUCCGGGGAACAGUGGAAGCUCGGGGGUGGGUCUACUUGUCACAAGAUGGGGAGAAUGUUAUGGUCAUAGAAUUGACACUCGAGAAUACGCCGGACGAAUUGUUUAAGAAGGCGGAAACGGAGGUCGUGUGGGCUGCGUGUCAGCGAAGGGAGAUGGAAAUGGAAAGGGUAAAUGUGCGGGUGGAACUUGGGGAUAGAGGAAGCAUGAGGCGACCCGUAAGAACCAUGCGAUGUGUGCUGCCUCCCUUCCUAGUGGAUGCGGUUUUCGGAACUCGGAGCAGGCUAGUACGGGUAUGUCAGUCCAUGAUGAACCUCGGGCUAUAUCAAUGCGCUAGGCAGGAUUUCUUUCGGUUGUCAGUAGAAAUGGGGUCGUUUGAGGGAAACUGGGCGGACGAACUGGCCGAGAUACUAAGCUGUCUUAGCUUAGACAAUAUCUAUGUCUCUAGCCCUGUGCAUUGGGGGAUAGUGUAUAGAAAUGUGGCAAUAGGGGAGACAUUUCUGGAGGGGGUGAAAAAGUUGUUCUACGACAGAGAGGACGAUUUCGGUGAUGAGGACGAGGAUGAGGAGAUAGAGGAUUGGGACUUCUGAGAGGAGUGGGGAAACUUAACUUAGGGAGGACGGGUGGUCUGGUAUUGUGCAGGGAAGGGGAAGAUGACUAGAGAAGAAAGGAUGAUGGAAUACCCCUUCAAAGGCUGGAAACCACGGCGACUCAGAGGAGGAAUGAAAAUGCCUAUACCAA